UUCGGACAUCUCGACAUAAAAACAUUCCCGAUUGAUUCAUUUUUAGGAAGAAGUCAUUUCAAUGUAAGGAGUUUCCCUCGAACUAUGGAGGUUCCUAAAAGUUUCCCCUCCUCCCCCAAACACGGAGUUGUUUCAGCUGUACGCAGCUCGGGCGCCGCCGCCGCCACUCGAGCCGCGACACGAUACCGCGCGGCAUGCUGUGGGCAGCCGUCGCGGCCCUGGCCACCCUGCUCGCAGUCACCGCCCAGACUCCUGCCGAGGCGGACCAGAACCAGGCGAGGGGGGUAGACUGGUCUGGGCAGGGGAGUGACCGUGUCCGAGGCGACGAGGACCAGGGCGGCAGCCAGCAGGCAUGGCACGCUGACAAGCGCAUCACGAGGGGGCGUGAGGCGUACCGCGGGCAGUUCCCCCACCAGGCCGGAGUAUGCUUUGGACGCCUCAACUGCUGCGGAGGCUCACUCAUCUCGCAGCAAUGGGUACUGACAGCAGCCCAUUGCCUAACGGGGAAGACGAAGGACAAGGUAACGGUUAAAUUGGGCACAAACAGGUUGGACGUCAAGGAAGACGGACGAAUGCAGAUAAAGGCCAGCCAGAUUAUCUCCCACGAGAGUUUCCGUCCCAACGACAAGUACAUUCACCACGACAUUGGGCUGGUGAAGCUGCAGCGGCCAGUGAAGUACAACAAGCUGAUCCAGCCGGUGCGCCUCCCCACCACGGAGGAGGCACGGGACAAGCACCACGGCCUGUGGGGGAAGAUUAGCGGCUGGGGCGCCACCCGCACCGAUGGCUACCAGAACCCGAAGCUCAAGUGGGCGAGGCUUCCCGUCUCGCAGCCCGGCAAGUGUCGCUUCCUCGACGGGCCCUCAGCGCACACCCAGUUCUGCACGGACGUGUACGACUACAAAGGCAAAGGCACCCAAGGCCACGGCACUUGCUCGGGGGACUCGGGCAGCCCGUACAUAGCCGACCACCGCCUCAAGAACACCCCGGUGCAGCUGGGAGUCCUUUCCUACGGCGGCCUGACGUGUGGCGAGACGGCGCCCAGCGUCUACACGCACGUGGGGUCCUACCUGCCAUGGAUCAAGCACCACACGGGUAUUGACAGCGGAUAGAGAAUGGAUCGCAGAACAGAGAAAGUGUUAAUUAACGGACGACUAAUUUGUUAAACCUGUGACAAGGCGUUGAGGAAUAAUAUUAAUCCCUCCAGUGUUA